ACAGUAACGUCACGUUCAUCCGAACUUGCGCGAGCUCUCUCGGGACCGGAGUCCGUCAGGCAUCAUGUCCAACAAUAACGCGAGCAGCAGCAGUGUGGCUGGGGCGCAGAGAGCCGUCAAACAGCUCAGUCUGGAGGCCAAAAUACGACGAAUUAACGUUUCUCAAGCUGCCACAGACCUGAAGAACUUCUGCCUGCAGAACGCCCAUAAAGACCCGCUGCUGUUGGGUGUGCCGUCCAGCGACAACCCCUUCCGGCCGCCCAAGUCCUGCGGCCUCCUCUGAACAACUCCUGUCUGAUCACACAUAGAGCUGGUGAAGUGCUCAGAUGAUGGGGCUGCCUUCGAGUGUCUGUUUCUACUUUUACACCACUCCAUAAAGACCUGAAAUACUACACACACUACUUAGCAAGAAAUAUUUCCCCUGUAUUAAUUUCCCUCAAACUCAUUUAAUAUCUGCACAGUUGCUGUCUAUUUUUAUUAACUUUAUUAAUGCUGAAUUUACACCGUAUAGUACAGUCAACUGUAAAAGCGAUGACACCCCCAUGUUUUCAAAGUAAAUUUAUGUACAAAACACUAUUUUAUUUGUAAUGCAUAUUUUAUAAAACAAAAAGAUGAAGAUUGUGUUAAGUUUUCCCUUGUUUAUGUGGAAGGAAUGGACAAAUUAAACUAUUAGAAUAUUUUUCUACUGUAUCUAACUUAUGACCUGCAAGAUUUGGUUUGAAGGUCAUUUGUAAACACUGUUAGAUGUCUUCCUUUAUCUGAAGCCCAUCUGAGGUCUGGACUGAUGAGCUGAUGAGUUGAGUCAGGUGUGUUUGAUGAGGAAGACGUUCAAUUUGUGCUCUGUUGAGGAAACCUUUAUUACCUACUGAAUUAACAUGUUCAAAUUAAACCUUUAUUCCCGUUUCACUGACUUUUUGUUUAACUGACUUUAAAAAAAUAAAGUGUUCUUGAUCAUUUA